GGAAGGUCGACAACAUCUCGCGAUCGAUCUACGACAGGAGGCCCUCACGCACAAUAAACUCACAAAGCCCCUCUUCCACGCUCUCGCCACCGGGGCGCGAGAAUGCGCGACUCUUCUAUACGUUUACGAUUUCGCAGAGGCUUACUUCGGUAAACAACCACUUCGCCAGAGCAACCGCCCACUCUCGCCAGCGGUGAUCAUGCACACCACCUCAAAUACAUCGCCCAGGUCUCUACUUCAUUGCCAUACUACCAUUGGAUCAUGUACACCGAUCGUUCGAACGCAAACAACAACGGACGGCCAUUGAAGCCGACGCUGGCAACCACGCGCACCGCGAAGACUCCUGUUGCUCCUCGUCUAGCCCCUUCACUUGCUUCAGCCGGAUCCGCACAAAAUGGACGCCCUGCGCGCACUACGAUAUCUACGCCUAAGGGCAAUAGUGCGUCGCAAGAUGAUCGUACGCCCCUCAGACCCGUCUUAAACAGCAACGUCACUCCUCGUUCAUCUGCUAGGAAAUCCCGAGUGGGGUUGAGUAGCCCUGGCUCAACUCCCAGCGUAACGCCGUCCGCUACGCCGAGCAGUACACGUCCGCCUUCUACGAUUGAAGUUCCGGUCAAAGAACAGGGCCCUGGUUUGGGCGGGUUCGGAAUCAAUGGCUCUCAAAGUGCCCCAGGCUCGAACAGACCGCGGAGCAUAAAUGGGGGAAUUCAAUACAUUGCCACACCGACACCUAGGCCGCCCUUGGGAAAUAUUUACAGCAACACUGCUGUGGCGGAUGCGGGUGUCUCACGUGCAAAAUCCCCCAAGUUCUUUCACGCCAACGACGCUCGCCCUGUGGAAGUGACCCCUGUUCCCAAGAAGGGUCCGGUCUUCUUCUACGCAAAUGGGGAGCAAGAUACAGAUGCGAACCAGGAACUACCCUCACCCCCUCUCUCAGCCGCUGGUAGAGCUCCAUAUGAGAGCAGAUUCUUUCAUGCAGAUUCUUUACCGGAGCCGAGAGGUUCCUCCCCAGUGCUUACUCCUUCCUCCGUCUCGGCAUCUCUAGAACCCUGGACGAAUGGCAAUCAACAACAUAAAUCACCAUCUCUGCGUCCUCCAUCGCCCCCCAAGGACAACAUCCACCUGUCUUAUAGGAAGGGCGCGUCUCAGGUUAUUCGCCCAAACCUUCACACCAGGACGUCAGCGUUGUCGCUCCUAUCGGGCCAUUCACAGGGCCAGGAGUCAGAUUACAGCGCAUCGAGACGGAGAUCUAGCGCAACAUCAUCGGCUGUCAGGCUAGGUCAUGGUAAAAGCGCUAGCCUGUCAUCUAUCGAUUCUGUAACACCGAGGAAGACUCCACUUAAUGAGCUAUCGACCAUCGGCCCCAGUCCACUUCAUAACCAAGAUCGUGCGGUAAGCGUUGGCUCAGUACCCGAGAGUCCAGCAUCCGCGCCUGGACCCACGACAGAGACCCUGUCGGGUCUACCAACACCCAGUCCCCAGAGCCCCGUCAGAAGUGGCCAAGGCACUUACGAGCAUAUGAACGAUCUUGCUGCUAAUGCGCGUCGAGAGCGCAAAGUCCUGGACCUUGAAAUCAGCAAUUCAUCUUUGCUUGCUAUCAAUCGACAGCUUGAAAAGGAGGUCCGGAAACAGAAGGCUGAGCUGAGGAUGUUUCGUCGCAUGAGUCGAGCCGGUCGAUUUUCGACGGAUACAGCUGGCUCGUUCCCUGAGACCUUCUCUGCUAUCGGAGCUAGAGAUCUCGGCGACUUGUCGGAUAUGUCCGAAGAGCAAGGAGAUGCAGAGGACGAGCCGGAAUAUAGCAGCGAGUCCUCCUUCGAUGAGGGUACUAUAAGCCCCACCGUACUUGCAGAGAGAGACGCCGCAUAUCUACUCAGAGACGAAAAGCGGCUGCAACUGGACCUCACCAAGCAUAGAGAGCUCCUCAUAGACAGCCAGAAGAUGAACCAGAGCCUCAAACGAUGUUUGGAUUGGACAGAGUUACUCAUCAAAGACGGGCGUAAGGCAUUGGCCUACCAAGUAAGGGUUAGUGACGUACAGCUUGGAGGACGCGUCCUCAGUACAGAAGAAAACCCUGACAUGGAAGAGGAGGGUGUUUCGAAAGCGUUACUGAGCCCUUGGAGUCCUGCGCACGGUAUCACCGAACUCCUGGACCAGGCAUCACUGGCGGGAUCCCAAACGGCAGAUUCGGAUCAUGACGUAGAUGUGAACGGGCAUGAACCGGCCAUGCUUGAGACGCAUAGCAAUAUCAAUGUCCUGGGAUCCCCUCUCCAAGACACGACUUCGUGCUCCCUACCAUCAUAGACGGAAGCCUGGGGUAAACUCUAUGAAGGGCUUCUACUUGCUUAUUCCUUUUGUCAAUGCCUAAAUAUUAGGCAUGAACUCAGGCCUCGCAAACCUCAGUCUUUUCGUUUCCUAUUUCGUUGUUUAUCACCAUUGGCGUAAUCGGCAGAACACGUUGAGUAAGAUCUCAACGCCUUAUGACCCUUUCUUUUGUAUAACUGGCAGAUAUCAUGACAGACGCCACUGGCGUUCAUUGUUCAUAAUUGCUGCUAGGGCCUUGUCCUCUCGUUUGUCCGCUUGCAGAGGGGGUCAAAGUGUUAGGGAUUUUGUAGUUGGAGCAUACCCCAGCCUGGCGACUGUAUUUGUAUGUGUAGUUUUAUGAGAUACCCCGUAGUGUUUGGCAGAGUUUUGCGAUAUUAUUAUAUGGAUUAUCCUU